CGAUUUCAUACUUGUUUAAAAUAUGAAGUGAAGUGAAAGGUUGUGCGCACAUCACAAUGGCUAUUACAGAAAAUGAAUUUUGGAGAAAAUUUAUUGAAGCCUUUAGAGAAGAAAAAGUCCUGUGGGAAAUAAAAAAUGAAUUUUACAACAAUAGGCUAAAAAGAACAAAAAGUUGGCAAAGACUUGCAAACAAAUUGAAAGAAAUUGAUAAGUAUGCCACAAUUGAUACAGCAAAAAAGCGCAUUAAUGGCAUGCGAAGUUGCUAUAGGAGAGAAUUGUGCAAAAUUAAAGCAACUGAAAAGUCUAGUGCUGGUGGAGAGGACAUAUAUGAGCCCACGCUUUGGUACUUUCACCACCUAGACUUCCUUCGAGGAAACGAAGUGACAACGACAGGAAUAAGUACGCUGGAAGACCCCGAUUUUGAAAAUACGCGUGAAAAUAUAGCAGGAUAAUUUGAGUAAAUAUCCGACGGACGGUUUCUCACUCCAAUAUACUAAGGACACGAUAAAAUAAUGCACAUAACAGGAAAGGAAUGUCGUAAUUAUUUAUUACAAAGGAAAAAUUUGCCUAUUCGUACAGUUCCGGCCUUUACUUAUCAAGCACUGCAGAAGAACACAAUUGUUGAACCACCGCCAAAAAUCUAUAUAUACAAGAAGCGCCCUGUUAAGGAAACACUUUUCAAAAUGUAUUUCCGACGUGGUGACAUCCCGGUAGCUAAAAGAAUAAAAGGUAGUGGAAAAGGUAUUUCAGGAACAGUGAAAUGGUUUUGUGAGCCAAAGGAACUGGACUAUUGCUACUAUUUGCCAAUAUUUGUGGAUGGUCUAGCGGAUACUGAUAUCGACAUACGCUCACUUGCGCAAGAAGCUGCAAUGGAUUUAAUCCUUAAAGCGCCGCAUAAAAUUUUACCAGUUCUGCCCAAACUGAUACUUCCGUUCAAAAGAGCAUUCAACACUCGUGAUAAGCGAAUAAUAAUAUCAGCGCUGAAGGUCUUGCAAACUAUGGUUCUGGUUGGGCCUUGUGUUGGACAAGCUCUCGUUCCAUACUACCGGCAGCUGUUAGCCGUAUGUAAUUUAUAUAAGAACAUUAAUGUUAACCUCGGUUCUGGUGUUGAUCCUGAUCGUAGUCGUCGUAUCGGCGAUGUUAUCGAAGAUACACUCUCUUUGCUUGAAACAUGUGGAGGGCCCAAUGCAUUUAUCAACAUAAAGUAUAUGAUUCCGACUUAUGAGAGUAGCACCCAUCCUAUAUGUGAGCCGUCGGCAGAAAAACCUGCUGCUUAAAGCAUAAAAUAUAAUUAGAGUUAGAUUUUUAUAGUACAAUAAUAUAGGUUACGAGAGAGCAAGAAGUUAAGCCAUUUAUAAAAUAAUAUUUUGUACUUUUUAUUUUAUUAAUGGCUUAUAUAUUUGCUUACUUCUGAACAGUUAAAAUAUAUAUCUAGCGCGACAUUAUAUCUUAUAUGUAAACAUUUAGAGCGCUUAUUGUCAUGAAUACCUUUGCAAUAUGAGAAAAAAUAAAUUCAAAAUUUAUAACCG